UCCCGUGAUUUUCUGGUUUUUGCUCUACUGUUUAAACCCUUUUUUUUUUUUUUUUUUUUUUUUUUUUUUUUUUUGAUCCUUGUCAUUUUUUGUCGUGAUUAGAUGGAAUUUGUAUAAUUUUAGUAACUCUACAUUUUUUUUUUAACAAUAAUUUUUCUCUCUCUGUCUUCCUGCAAUCUAUCGCCGAUUCAAUAAUUCGCUUUACUCUGCCCAAAAAGUUUGUUCUUUUGUUUUCUGGGAUUAUCCAAGGAGAAGAAACAGAGAAAUCAAUCUCUUUUAACCCUUUUUUUCUUAGUUUCAGACCCAAAAUCCUAGGUUUCGAUCUUUUUUUUUCUCUUAGUAAUUUUGUCAGGUUUUGUGUCUGGUGUUGGGAUUUUCGGAGCUUGGUUUUCUCAAAAACCAGCUCCAUUUUCUAAAAUCCCUUCUUUAGUCGCCAUUGUUGUAAUCUUGAAGAAAAAGAAGAUGACUUGUUGUUUCUCUUGUUUGAAUCCUCGAACCAAGGACAUAAGAGUCGACAUUGAUAACGCUCGAUGCAACUCUCGUUACCAAACCGAUUCAUCAGUUCAUGGAAGUGAUACAACAGGAACAGAGUCGAUUUCGGGUAUUUUAGUAAACGGUAAAGUGAAUAGUCCGAUACCUGGUGGUGGAGCUCGGAGCUUCACGUUCAAGGAGUUAGCUGCAGCCACAAGAAACUUCCGGGAGGUGAAUUUGCUCGGUGAAGGAGGCUUUGGCAGAGUUUAUAAGGGACGUUUAGAUUCAGGACAAGUAGUGGCUAUUAAGCAAUUGAAUCCAGAUGGGCUUCAAGGCAACCGAGAAUUUAUAGUAGAAGUUCUUAUGCUUAGCUUAUUGCAUCAUCCGAAUCUUGUUACAUUGAUUGGUUACUGUACUUCUGGUGAUCAGAGACUUCUUGUCUAUGAAUACAUGCCAAUGGGAAGCCUAGAAGAUCACCUUUUUGAUCUCGAGUCCAAUCAAGAACCAUUAAGUUGGAAUACUCGAAUGAAAAUCGCGGUUGGUGCAGCUCGCGGAAUAGAGUAUCUUCACUGCACAGCUAACCCUCCAGUGAUUUACCGCGAUUUGAAAUCUGCAAACAUAUUGUUAGACAAAGAGUUCAGUCCAAAACUCUCGGACUUCGGAUUGGCGAAACUCGGUCCAGUAGGUGAUCGAACUCAUGUAUCGACCCGUGUCAUGGGAACUUACGGAUACUGUGCUCCUGAAUACGCAAUGAGCGGGAAAUUAACUGUUAAAUCGGAUAUCUACUGCUUCGGUGUAGUGUUGCUUGAGCUGAUUACUGGGAGAAAAGCUAUUGAUUUGAGUCAAAAGCAAGGCGAGCAGAAUCUUGUUACUUGGUCACGUUCAUACCUCAAGGAUCAGAAGAAGUUUGGACAUUUAGUGGAUCCGUCUCUACGAGGAAAAUACCCAAGACGGUGUUUAAACUAUGCGAUUGCGAUAAUAGCAAUGUGUCUUAACGAAGAAGCUCAUUAUCGACCGUUCAUAGGUGACAUAGUUGUGGCACUAGAGUACUUAGCCGCACAGAGCCGAUCUCAUGAAGCUCGAAACGUCUCGUCCCCAUCACCGGAGGUUACAAGAACGCCGCCACGAGACUUGUAAAACACACAAACAGUCUUGAGCUUUUGUUAAGAAUUUCAGUUUGAUGUUAUGUAAAAAUGUUUUUUUUUUUUUUUUUCCUGGAAAACAAUAUAUAUUUGGUAAAUGUUUUGUUUUUAAUUUCUUUUACUUGUUUGUUUCCUAUAUAUGAUGUAUAUGACAAUUAUGGAAACAAUUAAAGUUCUUUUAUAUGUAUCUA